AUGAGCAGUUGCUUGUUUAUUCUUCCAGUGAGAGGAUCUGAAGGGCUUUAUAUGGUGAAUGGGCCGCCGAGUUUCACGGAGAGCGCUGUGUUUCAAAGGGACUCUGGAAAAAAUUGCAAAGCUGUUGCUUUUAGCAAGGAUGGUUCCCUCUUUGCCUGGUGCAAUGGAGAAAAAGUAAAUGUUGUUGAUGUCACCAAGGCUGAGUUACUGCAUUCCUUUGAUCUUCCAAAGACAGUUUGCCUUGAAUUCUCGCCAAAGAAUAGCAUUCUGGCCACGUGGCAGGCCUAUACAACUGCUAAAGACGGUACAGCGGGGGUGCCCAACCUACAGCUUCAUGAUGUGAAAACUGGGAAGUGUUUGAAAUCUUUCAUCCAGAAAAAGAUACAGAACUGGUGUCCUUGCUGGGCAGAUGAUGAAAGCAUUUGCGCCAGGAAUGUAAACAAUGAAGUGCAAUUCUUUGAGAACAACAACUUCAGUACUAUUGCAAAUAAACUGCAUUUGCAAAAGGUUAAUGAUUUUGUGUUAUCUCCAGGACCACAGCCAACCAAGGUUGCUGUGUACGUCCCGGGCAGUAAGGGUGCUCCAUCCUUCGUUAGACUCUAUCAGUAUCCCAACUUCAGCGGCCCUCCCUCUGCACUAGCCAACAAAAGCUUCUUUAAAGCUGACAAGGUGACAAUGCUGUGGAACAAAAAAGCCACUGCUGUGCUAGCGAUAGCGAGUACAGAAGUCGAUAAAACAGGUGCUUCGUACUAUGGAGAGCAAACUCUGCACUACAUCGCAACAAAUGGAGAAAGCGCAGUUGUACAGUUGCCAAAAAAUGGUCCUAUUUAUGAUGUUGUUUGGAACCCCAAUUCAGUCGAGUUUUGUGCUGUGUAUGGUUUUAUGCCUGCCAAAGCAACAGUUUUUAAUCUGAAAUGUGACCCUGUGUUUGAUUUUGGAACCGGUCCCCGCAAUGCUGUCUUCUACAGCCCCCACGGACACAUCCUUGUGCUGGCAGGAUUUGGAAAUCUCAGGGGACAGAUGGAAGUGUGGGACGUUAAAAACUACAAACUAAUUUCCAAACCAGUAGCCUCGGAUUCCACGUACUUUGCUUGGUGUCCCGACGGGGAGCAUAUUGUGACAGCUACGUGUGCUCCCCGGCUGCGCGUCAGCAAUGGCUACAAGGUCUGGCACUACACGGGCUCCCUCUUACACAGCUACGAAGUGCCACCAAACGAAGAGAUGUGGCAAGUUUCCUGGCAGCCCUUCUUGGACGGCAUGUUCCCAGCGAAGCCAGUAAAAUACCAGGCGGUUCCCAGUGAACUGCCCAGCGCGCAGCCAAAGCCUGCCCAAGCGUACAGACCUCCAGCCCUGAGGAACAAACCUGUAACGAGCUCCAAGCUUCAUGAGGACGAGCCGCCUCAGAAUAUGAAACCACAGGCAGGAAGCAGCGAUAAGCCACUCUCUAAAACAGCUCUCAAAAACCAGAGGAAACACGAAGCAAAGAAAGCUGCUAAACAGGAGGCCAAAGGUGAUGUGAACCAGGAAUCUACACAGUCCUCAGCACCGCAGAAUGCGCCCCGGAACGCUGUGCCUGCCUUUACAUCAGGAGAUCCCGAAGUUGACAAGAAGAUAAAGAAUCUAAAAAAGAAACUGAAGGCAAUUGAGCAGCUGAAAGAACAAGCAGCAGCUGGCAAACAGCUGGAGAAGAAUCAGUUGGAGAAGAUUCAGAAGGAAACUGCUCUCCUUCAGGAACUGGAAGACCUAGAACUGGGUCUUUAA